AUGGAAAGAAUGUAUUUCAAUCAAGACACUCUUUUCAUCAAAGACCCAAAUGAGAAAAUCCAAAAAGCAGUCAAUGAUUUACUGAGAGGAAUCAAAAUCAAUCAAAGCACAGGAAGCAUCACUUUGAAUGCUGAGACUGCCCCCAAAAGGUUUUCUGAGUUGAAAGAAGCUUUCCUGUCUGAAUCUGAAUACCAUCAAGCUGCAUUGGAUGGUAAUGACAUGAAAACUAACAAAAAAGUAAGGAUGGACACCAAUUUUGCUCAGAAGUUUCAUGCCAAAUCUGUGAAUGAGUUUUUAGAAGUCAAGAAUCUGUGGUUAAACUUCUGGGAAAAGCAGCACAACAUCAAACUGGUUGAUCUGAACUUUGCAAUUGAACUGCUGGCAAACAAUGAGUUCCCGUUGGAUCUUCUUGAAAUGACCUAUCCAUUGUUUCUCUUUUACAUUCACAUGUUUUUCAUUGUCAUUGGACCACCAAUCAGAUCAUUGGCUAAUGAUCAGCGCAACAAUGACAGAAAUAUUGCAGAACUGUUGAAAAAGGCAAAGAGAAUCUUUGAGGAAUUUGCGACUUCUGGCUCUUUAAGAAAAUAUGCACAGAGGAAUGCAACCCGGCAGGUCCCCUCUGUGGCAUGGUACUGCUUAGAAAAUUGGAUGAAGGAGUCUGGCAAUGAACAAUUGAUGAAGAUUGCUUUUGGAGGAAAGAAAAAUCUGAGAACCCCUUUCAAAAUCUUUUUCAAUACAAUCUUUAGAGCCUCAAUCUCGCAGUUGAACACCCACCUGACUAUGUUUGAAGUUUAA